UAAGGAAGGACAGUGCAUGUUGUUCAGUAGUCACAGAAUGCUGACUGACUAUGAGUGAAGCAAAAUGGAUAAAUAAGGAAUGUGCAGAAUGAAAUGGUGUCUUUUGAAAGUGGUCAUGGCAGGCUGGAUCCUUGAAAAGGAGCACUGUGUACAGAAAACAUUUUGCUAUAGGUUUCACUUGUUCUAAAGUAUAUACAGUACACUCCCUCCUGUAAAAGUCUCCAAACCAAAGCUGAUUCAACAUGAAUUGAUUGUGUUACUGAAACCAGGGAUGGCUGCACAGUCAAUGUGGUCCUCCUCCCCUGUGGAGAUCAAGCAGUAGAAAUAUAGCCAAAGAAAUCUCCCAAGAACAAAAUGUGCAAGGUAGCAGACUUCACAAAGUAGCGGAGGGGUAGGGGACUGUGUGCUAAAGUUGAUGAGAAGCAUGCCAGGUUUGAUCACCAGACUUAUUUAUUUUCUAUUAACCACCAUCCUGAAUUAUAUUGCUUUUUCCCAUUUAAGUCUUCUAAUGAGUGGAUGCAGCCUGGAGGUCAUUGAUUAUAAUGAAUAUUCCAACUGGCAAAUACAAGAACUCUAAUCAGCAUCAAAAAGGGAAACUACUGACAGCAGUCAAUAUAGCAUAAAAGGGUAUAUGGCAUUGCAAAAGGUAUUGAAUGCUUUCUUCUUUUGGAAAGAUAUAUAGGGAAUGCCCUGUUCUUUCUUUCUUUCUUUUUGGUACUCUUUUUGAAUGUUAAUGAUUUGUGAAGAUGGUUGCAGAGAGCUGCUAGCUGGCUUGCUUCUACUCACUGAAACAGAAGCUGCUGAGGAGUUGCUGAGGCAGAACUGAAAUCAUGGUUUAACUCAAAAGGAAUGACAAGAGUUUCAGCUAAUGAUCUUCAGAGAACAAGCAGCUACAAUGACGUUUCUGCCUCGAAAAACAGAAACAGAAUUCAUGUAAGACUUGAAGCUUCAUACAGAGCUCGAGGGGGAUGCUUCGUUUCUUUAUGACAUGGAAGCGUGAUGCUCCAAAGAAUGGAAAUGAAACUACCUGUAACUGCUGCUUUGUAGGGUGUGGGCAAAGUUUUCUCUGGACCAGAUAAAGGUAACAAUCAGCUUCAAAGUGAUGUCUGUCAUGGCCUCCAUGCACUGAGGAUGAAAAGAAGACGACUGAGGGAUUACUUUUUUCAUCAGUCCUGGAGAAUGGAUGGGGAGUCCUUCACCACCAACCACUUUCCUCCUGGGAGCAUUCGUCCAGAAACUGGCAUUACCCUGGAACAAAAAACAACCUUUGUAUUUGUGGUCAUAUUGGUUAUUUUCCUUUGCAUCCUCAUUGUCCGAUGUUUCCGCAUUCUCUUAGACCCCUACAGGAGUAUGCCAACUUCCACUUGGACUGAUGGACUUGAUGGGUUAGAGAAAGGCCAAUUUGAUUGUGCCCUGGCUUAAAAAACCAAAGAAUUUGCCCCUCUAUUUGGAAACCACUCUGGCAUAUUGAAAAUGUUCCUUGUGCACAAACAAAACUAUUUUUUAAAAGUACAGGCAGUCCCCAAGUUAUGAUAGGUUCUGUAGGUUUGUUCUUAAGUUCAAUUUGUAUCUUAAUCAGAACAGGUAUAUUUUUGUGUAACUCCAGCAUAUAUGCUUGUAAGUCAGAUGUUUGUAACUCGGGGAUUGCCUGUAGUUAAAGCAACCUCACUGAAUUUUUAAAAUAGAUAAAUAGGUAAAUCAGAUAUUUAAUUUCAGGAAUCACAUACUCAAUAUACACACAGUAUAUUAUACCAUACUCUGAUUCACAAUACCUGGAGACUGAGUUGUACCUAUGUGCCUUUUUCUUUAUUGUUCACCCUACCCACCCUGCCUUCUCUACAACCUAAUAAGCCUUCCAUAUUUAAAGGCAAAUAUGUGAUUUUUUUCCAAUUUGUGUGUGAAGUAAUGGUUUUUUUUCUCCAAGCAGUAAAAAAAAGUAUUUGAAUUUCAUUUGCCCCACUUACCAGGAAGGUAAAAAGUUCUCAGUGAUGUUAAUAAAACAGUGAUUGCUUUGAACAAUUUCAGUAAAAAAAAAAAUGUAACCUGUGAUUUUAUGAUAUAUUCUUGAUUAUAAAAGCAUAACUGAAAACAUAGAUAUAAAUCAGAAGUACAGUAGAGUCUCACUUAUCCAACACUCGCUUAUCCAACGUUCUGGAUUAUCCAACGCAUUUUUGUAGUCAAUGUUUUCAAUACAUCGUGAUAUUUUGGUGCUAAACUCGUAAAUACAGUAAUUACUUCAUAGCAUUACUGCGUAUUGAACUACUUUUUCUGUCAAGUUUAUUGUAUAACAUGAUGUUUUUGGUGCUCAAUUUGUAAAAUCAUAACCUAAUUUGAUGUUUAAUAGGCUUCUCCUUAAUCCCUCCUUAUUAUCCAACAUAUUCGCUUAUCCAACGUUCUGCCGGCCCGUUUAUGUUGGAUAAGUGAGACUCUACUGUAGUAUGAAAAUAAUGUAUACUCUACUGCAUUUGGUGAGUGGUUGUUGCUUUUAAAAUUGAAUCUUCAGUAGCAAUUUUAAGUGACUUAAGGAGCUUCAUCUAAAAAGAUACAGGUCCCAUAUAUUCCAACUUUUGGGAUUACUGGGAAAGCAGUUCUUUCAUUUUGAACCCUGGAGGAGAGGCUGGAGCUGUAACAAUGUCAGUGUGGCCUAACAAAAUUUCUUGGGCUUCUAGGUGUAAAUUGUGUUUCUAAGGUGACCAGUACUGAGCUGACACUGAACAGCUUUUGUCUCCAAUGCUUUGCAUCUAUUACAGCUGGCCUACCUGCAUUUGAUAAUUUUAGGUAAUACAAGAAAGUCUACCAUAUUAAAAUCACCUAUAGUAUGGAACAUAUAAACCUCAUAACCUCUCUUUUUCUUUUAAAAUAACUGCAGAGUACAUACUUCAUUUCAGCAAAGUUCAGCAUUUUUCCUACCCUGUUUUCCCCAAAAUAAGACCUACCCUGAAAAUAAGACAUAUCAUGAUUUUUCAGCAUUUCUGAGUAUGCUCGAAAUAUAAGCCCGAUUUCAAAAAUAAGCCCUAGAUACAGUUCAUUUAAAAAGUAAAUUUGGAACAAUAAGACUGCCUUUGAAAACAAUCUUUUGGAGCAAAAAUUAAUAUAAGACCCUCUCUUAUUUUGGGGAAAAUAGGGUACAUGAUUCAGGGGCAACAUCAGUAGUGCUGGACCAGGGUUGGCCAUGUGGCAGUGGCUGAACUGCUCCUGAGGCACAAGUGAAAUAUUCUCUGUGGAUAAGGUAUUAUCCCCAUGCAUACAAACCUUGCCUUUAAAUGUAUGGUGUAACUGAAGGGAACAGCAACAAAAUGAUCCAGUGUAUAGUGUUUCUGUUUGAGGUUGCCUUGUUUUCCUUGCGAAUACUUCAUUUACUCUAGGCUUUACUACCCACUGUCCCUGUAGCCAGUGAAGAUGGCUACAAGAUAUUGGAGGGGGGGGGGGUUCCUAAAUAAAUGGGACUUCUGCAAAGUUUGAGGUUCCUCCAGACUUGCUGGUCCUUUCCUUUGUUUUCCACUGAGCUGACUUUGGCUGCAAUCCUGCUGACACAUACUACCAGCUGCAUUCUCUAUUACAGAGAGUGAUAUGAUUCAGAAAUAUUCCUCUUGGAGACCAUCUGUCCUUUUUCACAGAGGAGAGAAAAAGAGUAAAGUUGGAAUGAAAUAUUGUAUUGAAAUAACUUUUAAAGAAAAAACUAUUUCCACUUUCCCAUCAGUAUGCUUAAACUUAAGGGAAGUUCUAUAUUUGACCCCAGUAAGCCUUGACAAGCCUGUAAACAAUGAGACAUGGAGCUUGGAAAUCUUGACUCCCUGAAGCUGAAUAAUUGUUUAUGUAUGGUGGAGGUUUAAAUAUAUUAAGAUAUUCAAAAUGCAAAAUUAAUAAUGUGAGAUUACUGUAUUUACCAGUCUAGUGCAUUUGUAUAAAAUCGCUACCUGUUUCUGUUUGUUCCAUUUGUAUGGUCCCAUUUCCAUGCCUGUCCGCCGUUUCCGAAACCGGUGCCCAUCCAAAUGAGCUCUUUCUUUUCACCAUCCUAAUACACAAAUGCAUUUGUCCCAUUGGUGACAAUGGCAGGGCUGCCUAGGCUCCCCUUCCGCUCAGUUUUAGGGCUAGAGGGGUGAACAUCACCACACAUGGAGGGCAUAUAUUCCACUUUUAGCUCUCCAAUUCUUACAAGGAUUGGGCCAUUCCCCAAAUUUUAGGGAUUUUUUCCUUUCUAUAAAUAAAAUCUCCUUAAAACAUUCCCUCUUUUCCCGCUGGUCUCACCCUCAAACCUCAGGGCUUAAAAUACCCAUCAUUCUGAAAUGUUUUACUCUUGAUUUGCAGAGGAGACCUAAUCUUAAAGGCAGGGGAUUAAGGCACCACGGAUUCUGAGAGGUCUCCCUCUCGAUCAGCACUGGAAUUUGGAAGUCCAUAUGCUUUGUGUAUGUUCAAGAUGAGAGUAUUGUAAAUGGCCGUCAUGAUAAAUGGCUUCCUUUGGAGCAAGGAUUAUUAAAAAAAAUAUGAAUGGUGAGACUUUUUUCUAAAAGCUAAUAAAUUAAUUUGCUGUAAAACAUUUAAACUUUUAGGGUCUGUAUGUUGUCUGAUAGACAGGGACCGAUUACUCGGCCACAAUCAAUGUGGAAUAUUAAACUUAAAACUUUCCAACUGAAUCAUACUUUGUCAUUAAAACUGCUCAGUUGAGUCUUCCAGGCAUCUUGUUUAUAUUAAUACAUCCGUAGCAUCCAUACUAGAUGACACAGGAAGACAUAUUACAGGGUGAGCAUUCUUUACUCUGAUUUGACCAGAAGUUUUUAGGAUUUUUUUUUUCAAAUUUGGAACACAUGUAUAAUAAGAUAUCUUGGAGAUAGGACAUGAGUCUAAACAUGAGAUUCAUUUGCUUUAUAUAUGCCUUUUACACAUGACCUGAUGGUAACUUUAUAUAAUAUUUUAAAUACUUUGAAAAUAAAUUAAUGCAUACCUCACACCA